GUUAUUCUGUUGUUAGUAUGGCUUCAUCUUCACGGGCCAAUCUCUUUACUCUAAGCCCAGCACUCUUCCAAUCUGAUGAUAGUUUAUCCUCAUUCUCCCCCAUCGCCGUCUUCAAUGACUCCCCUUCCACCUCUCAUACCUCCCAUCGACCCCCCGAGAAUACUCACAUUGAAAUCAUUCAUGGUGUUGAAUAUGUCCACUUUCAAUCAAACUACUACAAGUCAUUUCUUGACUGGUGGAAAUACACACCAAUUGGUCGAAAAUGCAUAAGUGGAAAGAUUGAUGAGAAGUUUCAACAUCCCCAUUGGAACAAAUGUCAUGGAGAUCUUUGGAAACAUUUUAUUCAGCUUGCUGAUGUCACGGGCUCGGAAUAGUAGAUAUUAACGAACUGAAUUUUUAUCUAAACUCUUGUAGCCAUCGACGAGAAUAUCGAGUCUGGGGAAGAAGAAGAAAAAGAAAAUCUAUCUAGGCGAUGAACGGUCUUUAUAUACAUUUGUGUGGUGCGGCUUAAGCCCUUGUUUGCCCAUAUUGCUUGCAUGGCGUCGUUUGACAUGUUGGUGCUGUUUGUCUGGCAUUGAGCCGUCACAGCUGAAAUCCAUACAGGAAAGCCAGUUCUUCAAUGCCAGGCCUGUGAUAAAAUCAUUCAACAUGGUAUUUUCACAAAGAAUGGUGCUUCGGAAAUGAACAAGC